AAAAAAUACUAUGGAGAAGAUGUUGAAUACGGUUCAUUAUCCCAGGCACAGAAGGCAUUCCUUGAUAGAGUGAUUAGAGUGGACCAAGCAGGUGAAUUAGGUGCCAAUUACAUUUACAAGGGCCAGUAUGCUGUGUUGGCAAGUAAAUAUCCCCACUUGAAGCCAGUGCUACAACACAUGUGGGAACAGGAAAUACAUCAUCACAACACUUUCAACAACCUUCAAUCGGACAGAAGAGUGAGACCUUCCUUACUCACGCCAUUGUGGAAGGUAGGAGCAUUUGGUAUGGGUGCGGGCACUGCCCUCAUCAGCAAAGAAGCUGCUAUGGCAUGUACCGUGGCGGUCGAGACUGUUAUUGGAGGGCACUACAACCAGCAAUUAAGAGUUUUGAUGAACCAGUACAACAUCCCGAUUUAUGAUAAGGAGACUGGAAGAAAGUUGACUGAGAAGGAAAUUAAUCGUCAUAUUGAAACGUCGCCGGAGUUGGCCCUGUUGAAGGACACCAUCAGUACCUUUAGAGAUGAGGAAUUGGAGCACUUGGACACUGCGCUCGAGCAUGAUGCUGAAAAAGCAGUUCCAUACUUGCUCUUAACCGAACUUAUUAAGUUGGCCUGCAAAGGAGCCAUCUGGACUGCCGAGAGAGUCUAGUGACCCACUUCAUAGUGGGAUGUACAUACAAAGAUAAUGUCGUGAAUGA